UUACCGUCUGACACGAAAAAGGAGCAGAGGCACCGAACAGCUGAGCACCUCGCGGACAAUUGAACCGCAAGUGAUGGAAACCCCGGAGAUCAUUUUAUGCAGCUUCAUCAGCACUCACUACUUCGGCACCAUCCUCUUCUACUUGUGGCUUUUGGUCUGCGGGACACCCACAGAACUCACCAACUAUGGAUUACCUGAUUAAAAUUGGGCCACCUAAUCCUGUUUGCGCCGUGACAACCGACCAGAAUUAGAGCAAGAGAAGUCGUUAUGGAUAGUUGUGCAAAUGGUGCAUUCCCAGCUCAGAGAACUAGUGUCAAAAGCAGAAUUUCAAUCUCACGAUAUCGCAUCUAUUUGCGCGUAAAGGACGCGGACACAACGGCUUCUUUCAACGCUGCCUGAAAUAGUCUGCGCUAUGUGUUAGUUAUUAUGGGAGAACGCAGUAGUUAGAAUAGAGGGUGUGUUUUGCGAGACUGGUUUGUUUCUGCUGGCUUUAAUGUGAUAGUGGCGACCAGCUUUUAGUGCGCGCAUACCAAUUGUGCGCUGCAGAUCAGCCGCUCCGUUACCACAGGCGAUCCACCGCAAUCUUUGACAGACAACAGGCCUCACCAGCCACUGCAAAAGGUUUCACUGAAAAUCCGUUUUCAACUCCUCUCAUUUGAACUUCCACUAUAACCGAGAGAGUUUUUAAAGCUGCACCCAGUUGCACCUGUGAGGCAGGAGCAAGCCAUGGCUUUACCAGAUAGUGGCAUGUCUGGGGAGGAGGUACCCUUCCCAGAGAUUGUAGAGCUCAAUGUGGGCGGCCAGGUGUACAUAACCCGAUAUUCUACCCUCACGAGUGUGCCAGAAUCCCUGCUAUGGGAGAUGUUCAGUCGAAAGUCAGCCAAAGGACUGGCCAGGGACACCAAGGGUCGCUUCUUUGUGGACCGUGAUGGUUUCCUGUUCCGUUACAUCCUGGACUACAUGCGAGACCAGCAGCUGGUUCUACCAGACCACUUCCCUGAGCGCGGGCGUCUGCAGAGAGAGGCUGAGUUCUUCAACCUGCCGGAGCUUGUCAAACUGCUGGUGCCAAAAAUCAGCAAGCAGAACUCGCUUGGCGACGAGGGAUGUCAGAGCGACCCGGAGGACUCCUCACCUGGGAUUGACAUGGCCCCUAACCUCAGCUCCCUGGGUGCUGUCGCCGCUGCCUGUGCCAGCCUGGUGCCCGGGACCAUGGAUGGCAAACGGUCUGGGUUCAUCACCAUUGGCUACCGAGGCUCAUACACCCUGGGCCGUGACAGCCACACCGAUGCCAAAUUCCGCCGGGUGGCACGGAUCAUGGUGUGUGGGAAGACCUCUCUGGCCAAAGAGGUGUUUGGGGAGACGCUGAACGAGAGUCGUGACCCCGACCGCCCCCCUGAGCGCUACACGUCCCGCUACUAUCUUAAGUUCACCUUUCUGGAGCAGGCUUUUGACAAGCUGGCCGAUGCAGGCUUCCACAUGGUGGCCUGUAAUUCCACAGGAACCUGCGCCUUUGCCCAUGAGCAGACGGACGACAAGAUCUGGACCAGCUACACUGAAUAUGUGUUCUACCGUGAGUGAGACUAUCGGCUUUGUUCCCCUGGUCCCCCAUCCUGUCUCCAAGUGCCCCCCGACCCCCCCUCCAGCUUCCAGCCAUCCUGUCCUUCUCUCUCUCUGAUGGCUCCUGCACCAGUAGAUGUACCGUAGAUGUUGUGCCCCUCCAUCUCUCUCAGCAGCCUCCAGCUUUUAUCCUGUGAACAGUUACCCAGCUGCUGCUCCGACUCUUCAUACCUUCUCUCAACCCCAGAUCCAUUCCCCUCAUCCUCAGGUCCAGCUUUUGCCUUCGCUUAAACCGCCACUCCAUCUAGUUGUAGUCCUUGGUCCUCAACCACAGCAACCCCACAGCCUGUCCUGCAGAGACUGAUACCUUCUAUAUGCUAUUUCCCUUUUGUACUCUAUGUAUUGCAUCUGCCUUGGUAAAGCACAAUAUUGUAUCCAAGAGCUCAUUUUGUUAAAUAAGCACCCUGGUGUGUCUAUAUGACUAUUAAAGCAGUCACAAGGGCAUAGGGGAAAGGGCUUCGAAGAGUGGCCGUGAUGUACAGUGCUAGACUUUGCCUGCUUACUCAAGCAGAUCAGACUCUCUCCUGCUCCUCUGAACUAAAUUACCAAAUAAUUGGACAUCUUAUCAGCCUUGAGGGACGUGAGCAGACCAAGCACAAGAAAGAAAUGCAACACAAAAAUCUAAUUUCCUUUUUAGUUUUUUUUCUUCAAUGUGUCGAGUACCAUGUGGUUGGGAACGUGCCAUACACUAGUUUAUCUGUUCAGUUGUUGUUAUGAAUGAAUGACACUUGUGAUAAUACAGACACAUGGACAGUUGGGGGGGGAACCAUUGAGCUUUUUAUUUUGAAAGGGAGCAGAAGGUGUGUAGAGUUUUCUUUUCAAAGUGACGCUUAUUGUGUGGCAAAUGAACAAGCAGCAGGUUUUGAUAAACAACGAUGAAAGCCCAAAUAUCAAGAGAUCUCACAGACAGAAAGGAAAAAAAAAAGGUUGCCAGAUGAGGUGUGUGUAUUGAUUGUGCAAUGGAGCUUUGAGUGUUUUAAUCACCCACGCUGGGAGGGAAGAGAAGAUGAAAGUGUUACUCACUGCUCUAUUUUUGUGCUUCUUCGACCUUUCUUUGCACAAUUACAUAUUUAAGAGCAUGAUUAAAGUGAAGCGCUUCUUGGGACAGGCUUACAUGAUUACAUGUUGUUUCCCAAAAAAAGAAAAUGGCAGUCACCUUAGCGGAUCACGUUUUGAGUGUUCUGUAAACAGUAAUGUUAUUCUUAAUACUCAGUUAGGUAUUAGUUUAAGCUGUUGCGUAUUUGAUGAUAGCUCUCACUUACUGAAAGUGAAUACUGACAAGAAAGGGUAGGAUUACGUGUAAAGACAGCCACAGCCCAAUGUUUUCUCACUACUGUAGCAAGGGCAUGUUUAUAUAGCCAGCGGGUAUAACUUCAGUUAUAAAGAGGUGAGUUAAGAAAGACAGUCAUUCCCAGAUACAGCCUCAGGACACAUCUGCACAUCAUAUACAGUACCUCAGACUAAAACACAAACGGAAGGCACUUAAGACUAAGCUGAUGACAUAAAAAUGCAGACAGCGUUAGGAAAAUGUCCCAAAUGUAGAUGCUAUGACAAGAUUAUGAAUAAGAGGUUGAAUAUAAUGUUUUAGUUGAGAAACAGCCAUCGAGGCAGUGUAGUGCAGGAUUCCUCCUGAGCUAGAUGGUGUCAGGUUGUAGUUUUGGCAGACUGUCUGACAGUGACAAUAAAUGUAUUCUGAGAUGUCUAGAAACUGCAGUGUUGUGUUUCAGUGUGAUGAAGUGCUGUUGACAUCUGAGUCAUUAUAUUAGACCUGCUGCGGUGUGUUGCUGCAGGUGUAGACAACACUGAAAUUAAAGUGUUCAGCAAAAAGCGAAAUUUAUUUGUCAAAUAAAAGAUGUUUUCUUUCUA